GUCCCUCUGUUUUUCAGUUCAUAUAAGAGAAAGCAAAGCGGACCGGAGUGGAAGAGAAUUUGCAGAGCCCUCAGAUUUGGUAUACUCGCACUUAGUCCUUUCUAGAGAGAGAAACAUAUAUAAAUAUACAUAUACAGAGAGUGAGAGAGCGAUUAUAUAUAUAUAUAGAGAGAGAGAGAGAGAGAGAGACUGUGUGAAGAAAAACAUGCCUGGCAGCUUGGAGCCGUUGGACGUGGGGGUCCAGAUCCCAUACCACUUCAGGUGUCCGAUCUCGCUGGAGCUCAUGCGUGACCCUGUCACGGUCUGCACCGGUCAAACCUAUGACAGAACCAGCAUCGAGUCGUGGGUUGCCACCGGUAACAUCACGUGUCCGGUCACCCGAGCGCCGCUCACCGACUUCACCCUCAUCCCCAACCACACCCUCCGCCGGCUCAUCCAGGAAUGGUGCGUUGCGAACCGCUCGUUCGGCGUCGAACGGAUUCCGACUCCGAAGCAGCCCGCCGAUCCUGCCAUGGUUCGCACUCUUCUCAGCCAAGCCUCGUCGGAGACGACUCCGAUGCAUACCAGGCUCACGGCAGUUCGACGGCUCAGAGGACUCGCUCGUGACUCGGAUAAGAACCGGUCCGUGAUCUCCGCUCACAACGCACGCGAAAUCCUCCUCUCAAUCGCUUUUUCCAAUAUGGAUUCGGACUUGUCCGAGUUGACUCACGAGUCACUCGCGAUGUUAUCUAUGUUUCCGCUUUCCGAACCCGAGUGCGUGUUGGUGGCUUCCGAUCCAGAUCGAAUUGGAUACCUCGUGUCUCUCCUGUUCCAUUCUUCGAUUGAAGUCCGAGUUAACUCGGCCGCUCUCAUCGAGAUCGUCGUCGCAGGCACGAGAUCGCCGGAUCUCCGAGCGCAAAUCAGCAAUGCCGACGAAAUCUACGAAGGAGUUGUCGGAAUUCUCAACUAUCCAUUGGCAUAUCCGCGUGCUCUUAAAGUCGGAAUCAAGGCCUUGUUCGCUUUAUGCCUGGUGAAGCACCACCGGCACAAGGCGGUGGCGGCCGGCGCCGUGGAGGCAGUGAUUGACAGGCUGGCGGAUUUCGAGAAAUGCGACGCCGAGAGAGCGCUGGCCACGGUGGAGCUGCUCUGCCGGAUCCCGUCCGGAUGCGCCGCGUUCGCCGGGCACGCCCUCACCGUGCCUCUCCUGGUCAGAAUCAUACUAAAGAUAUCCGACCGGGCCACCGAGUACACCGCGGGAGCCCUGCUGUCGCUGUGCUCUGCGUCGGAGCAGUGCCAGCGGGAGGCGGUGGCGGCGGGCGUGCUGACGCAGUUGCUUCUGCUGGUGCAGAGCGACUGUACGGAGAGAGCCAAGCGGAAAGCGCAGAUGCUGUUGAAGCUUCUUCGGGAUUCGUGGCCGGAGGAUUCCAUUGCCAAUUCUGACGAUUUCGCUUGCAGCGACGUCGUCCCCUUCUGAUGAUCGUUCCAUGAUUCCUCAGCCAAUCUUCUUUAUUUUUGUAUUUUUCAGGUUUGAGCAACAACCAACCCUCAACCCCCACAACCCCCCCCCCCCCCCCCCCCCCCCCCCCCCCAAAAAAAAAAAAAAAAAAAAAUCCCAGAAAUGGGGGCUCUACUCGUCUAGAUUGGUACAUAGAGAUUUGGGUUUGUGUAUGUAUUAUCUCUGUAUCUACGAAUUUUUGCCUUAGCAAGAAGAAGAAGAAAAAAUUACUGUUUUGCUUUGUUUA